GAUGCUGGGAGAUUAUGCUGUAGAUUAAGGUUUUACUGAAUCCUGAAAUGAGUGCAAAUUCCCAGAAGCUCUAACAUGUGGCCAAAUCUCUUCUGGAUGCUCGGCUGGAUGGGGGAAGAGGCAUUUCCUACCCCGUCCUCCCCAUGUGCAGGAAAGACGAGACCAAAUAUUCACCCCAGCUUGUCUGCUGAGAGCCUCCAGGUCAGCCAUGAACGCCUCCGCGCCCGGAGAGCCCGAGCCCCAGGAGGCGGCCGCCUUCACUCCCAUCUCCGUCGUCAGGAGCGUGACGAAGAAAUCCGACGCCCUGCCCAUGAUCUCGGUGAUCGUCGUCAUCUUUGUCCUCCUGGCUGUCUUCAUCAUCAUUGUGGUGCACUACGGCCCCCACCUCCGCACCAUCCAAAUCACCCUCUACCAUGAGCCCAUGCCGCAGGACCUGGACGAUGGGGUGCACCUCACAGACUGGAAGAAGCUGGGCUCCCAGAAGAAGCUGGCUGCCCCGUCCUGCCAGCGGGAGCCGGCCGGCGCGGAUGCGGCUGGCGUGAGCUGCCAGUGCUCCUGCAAGCACCACCUUCCCUGUGGCAGCGCUGAGCCCAAUGUCAUCGAGAUCACGUACCUGUGACAAGGCUGUGGGCCACCUGGGCAGGACUCAAGCGACCACGUCCCACCUGAAAAACAGUGACUGGGUUGUUAGCUUAGCCCAGACUCACCAGUUUCCAGGCGGGGAGGUUGUAGCUCCCCAGGGUUGUGUCUCUCCCCAGGUAGGCUCAGCUGGGAGGUUGGGUGUCACUGAAGGGACCCAUAAUCAGCCCCCAAAAGUCCAACCCGGGGGGUUCCACUGUCCCCAGGCAAGAGCUGGGUCCCCAGCCCAGGCUCUGGGGCUGGGUCAGCCUACGUGGAACAGCAUUAGCAUCUCUUCUGGGUUUUUUUUUGCCCUGGUUUUACCUGUCCCACACUGUCUGGGAGCGCCCAGGAGAGUUGUCUUGGUCCUUGCCUCAGCUGGGGAGCUCUGGGCAGACGCUUGGCCCUUUGGCAGGAGCUGGAAGUCACAUCAUCUGGAAUUGCUUUCCAGAUUAAAGAUGUUUCCACAUGCACAGUUGUCCUCAUCGUGCCAUUUAUAUGGCACAGAAAAGCCUCCAGCCCCUCUUUUCUUCCAUGCCACAGCCCCUUUUCCUCCGUCGGAGGGCUGAAGCACUGUCCUCCCUCCUGCCAGCCUCGGCGGUGGGCUCAGCCCAUCAGGGCAAACAGCCAGAGGAGAGGAGGCAGCACCCGAACCCAUGCUGGCAUUUCAGCCAGCAGCAGAGGACAACGUGCCUGGUUCCCCAGUGGAGGUGGGUGGGAGAAGAGAGGUGACAUGGUGUCAGAGGCAGGAGAGGUGGUAAGAGCACGUCAGCCACCCCUUGCUGAACAUCUCGAGGUGUUGGCGAUGGUGGAGAAACCCGUGCAUCUCUGGGCAGAGCCUGCAGCAUCUCUCUGCAAAAGAGCAGGGAUGGGGAGACCUGAGGUCACCUUCACUCUGGCCAUCUUCAUUGUCACCCUCGCUGUCUGCUGUCCCACUACCAAGGGAAGCUCUGCUCGGGGACCUGGGGACUUGGGUGGUUUCAGCGUUGGAAGUAGCAGGGCAUGUCCCAGCUGAGGAGGGAAAGAUGAUGGGGUCAGUGUAGCCAGCCAUGGCAGGAUGGAUGUCUCUGACACCCUGGGCAGAAGCUCGCUGAGGUGGCACAGAGAAAGCAGACAGAGAGGUGAAACGUCCUGAGCCCCGUAAGGCUCCUGGUGGUAGCAGAAUGUGGUGACCUGCUCAGCCCUGGGAGGAUUCCUACUGCUGGAGGCACCGGGCUUCUCUUCGGACAAGAAAUUGGUCUCAGUUUCGCCUCCCUCGGUGGAAGUUGGACAUGGAAGCCCAUCUCCAGGGCGUGGGCUCGGAGGACAGCCCCAGGGCGCAGCCUGUGGGAUCACCCGCAAGGAUUUAUUCUGCUGAGUAGUCCCAGAAGUCAAAAUACAGCCUCUCCCCUCCCCAUGCCAGAAGAGAAAAGCCAGAUCUGUGUCCGUCCUAAGCUGCAUCCCUGGCACAGAUCCCUCUGUGCACUGCUGGACAAGAAACGGGGUCUUUUACCCAUUCCUCUGUGUGCUGGAGAUGUUUCUGGCAUGGUAGAGGCUCCAGCAUCCUUCCUCUCACUUGCUUGAAAACUAAGUAGUGGUUGGACU